AUGGAUCCUUCACCUUCCAUCAAGGCGACCGAGGACCCUCCCAUCACUCCGUCCAAGGACUUCGACUUCCAGUUGGAAUUUGACAUAGAAGAGGAUAUUGAAGGGGAACUAGAGGAUUUUGUCCGCUUGGUCCGCCUCGGCCUCUUCAAAAAGGCACGAGAACACUUUUACCAAACGCUGGAGCCUCACCUGGACCUCUUCCCAAUACUUGCCGAGUACGCAGAACUUCUCAUAUCAGAAAGUGCAUACCAAGAUUUACUCAGACUUCUCCCCCAGUCCCAGGAGCAGUGCGGCUUUUCGGAUUCCGAAUGGUGGCUCGUGAGGCUCCUUCAGGCCUGCGCACAGACCUAUAUACACAAAGUGAGAAGCCAGCCGACAGGUCUAUACACAGCUCAAGCUUGGUACGAUUCGCAAAGUCUAAAUGAUCUACAGGGUGUACAGGAUGACGAGGUCAAGCUGCAAUGCUUAGAGAUCUAUCUACGCAUCUUGGUUGAAUUCGAAGAGUCAAAGCAUCGCCAAAGCCUCACAGCGGAUGUGGAGCGGUUGGUCUCUGUGCUUCUUCAGCAGGGAAAAGUUUGGGAGGCCCAUAAUCUCGUGGUCCUUCUUUUCAAGUUCCUCCAUCCAAAUUACGCUACCAAUGUCUACGCCAAAUUUUGUCACGGUAUCCAACAGAUCGACAAUGUUGAAGAGGUCCAUGUUGUUGCAAGAUUAAGUGUUACAAAUGCUUAUCUUACUCGCACUCUGACCGUCCGUGGUCCCAUAUUUGUAGCGGAGAAGCAGCUACAAACGGCUACUGAAACGGCCGUGAAGGACCUCGCACAAUUAUUUGGAACGUGGGCCGAAUGCGGGAGUUUCCAUGCCCAUGAAUACAUGAGGAACCUGGACCUUAUGCAGCAACGUCAACGAGGGAGCUCAGAUCGGCGACGAGACCAACCACGCAUUAUCCGGUUUGACAAAUCUCACCGGGACACUCACAACGCCAGUCGCUCUACUCCUACGCCUCCUCCGCAAACUCCCGGGGUUCUCCCACAACCUACCAGCACUCGAGACCGAGAUCUGCACCUAGAUGAGGGCCUUCAGACUGGUCACGAUGCUAGACGGGAAUUCCUAGCUGUUGGAGAAUUUCCGUAUCGAUCCGAGCUUGGUCCGAUCCAUUUCAAUAAUGCUGGCCUCCCACCUCAAAUCCCCAAAGAGAAGCCACUCGGAGCGAAGCUUGGGACAAAAAGUCUUCCAUCAUCAACCUCAAGCAAUGCAGAUGUUACAUCUUCGCGAAGGUAUGACAAAGGGUCAACAAAAUCGAAACCUGUGACUGGUUGGCCCAAGCCUAAGGAUGAUUCCCAAACCCUCCUCACUGAGGAGGAGACGCUAAGAUCCGAAACGGAACGUCUACAAAAGGUGUCCCUGCAAGAAAGGGAGGAUUCGGUACAGAAAGUCCCUACAUCGAAACCAUUGCAGGACCCCUUGCAGAAGAUGCGUACAAGCCACGAGAUGGAGUUACACGAGAUAGAGUUCCGAAAACAAGAUGCGGAGUUCCGAAUACACGAUCUGGACUUCCGAGAACAGAAGCGGGACUUCGGAGAACAGAUGCGGGAGUUCCGAGAACGCAGGAGUAGGUUCCUAAGACCCGAGAUGAACGUAGAAUUCGAUGCUCUGAAGAGGAUCAAAGAGACUAGGAGGAGGACCCAAGAACACGAGAAUAGGAUCCGAGAACUCGAGAAUAGGACCCAGGAAUACGAGGAGAGGAUCCAAGAACACGAGAAUGGGACCCAAGAAAUCGAAGAGAGGAUCCAAGAAUACGAGAAUAGGACCUAA